AUCUGCACGUGCAAGAUUAUGUAAUACAACAAAGAUAUAAAACUGACUCUCUACCCGGAGUUUACAGUACUCGGUAAAGCGUUCAAGAUGGUGUCCUCUCAUGUUGUCCGCUCUGUUUUCACUCUUCUCACUCUCAUUGCAUACAUCAUUAUGAUGAUCGUGAAUGCUUUUGCUACUCCUCGAAGAAGACCAGAGUUCCUCGCUGAUCUGUAUGGUAGCAACCUCUCGACCGGGGAUGUUUCUAGAAUGUAUAGUUCCAAAAUCACUCCAGCAGGAUGGGCYUUCUCGAUAUGGGGUGUAAUCUACACUUGGCAAGCAUUGUGGAUAGUAUAUUCUCUUAGCCUGAUCUGUAGACCUCAAGUUCCAGACGUUCUCAACUGGUUUUUCCAUGUAUUGUUCAUAUUAAGCUGUGCCUUCAACUGCACAUGGCUGAUCAUUUGGCAACGACUCCAUGUUACAGCAUCAUCGAUCAUCUUGUUUGCUUCAGCUUUCAGCCUGUACGGACUAUUAGCUACCUCGUAUUACCGCUUUAACAAACUUUGCAAWGCCAACUUUCCCAAGAUUGACUUUAUUGCUAUCCAAGCACUCGUCCACAAUGGCAUCGCCUUCUAUGCAACAUGGUGUACAGUGGCUUCRUURCUAAACAUGACGAUUGCUAUUACCUACGUUCAUGGCGUUAAAGCAGAGACUGCAGCCACGAUCACUUUGGCAAUCCUUGCAGUUGAAAUCAUUGGAUGGUUUAUUGUAGAAAACACAGUGUUGGAGAAGUAUCUACGCUAUACAGUGAGCCARUACCCCGUGUUGAUAGUUGCAUUGUCUGCUAUCAUUUCAAAGCACUGGGACUCCUCCAAAAGAAAUCCAAUCAUUGCUUUAGUCUUGCUGAUACUUGUGCUAAUAUUGUUUGUUGCCCGAUUGGUCCUCGUUGUUUACCGUAUUAAAGAAAGUCGAAAAAAGAAGUCUGAAGAUUAUGCCUUCAGAGCCUUGUAAACAUUACGUAACAUUGUCACACGACAUUGCGUGACAUCAACAAAAUAAACAUGCACAAAUAAAAAACCAUUAUUUUCGAGAGCUGAUUAUUUUUGAUUCAUAGUGAUGUAGCAACAAAUUUCGAGGUAUUAAUGUAAUCUAUAAUCCCUGUUCAAAGUUGUAAAAGCAUUGUGAUAUUUUACUUGUUCAAGGCUUUGGAUUUUUUUUUGUAGAUAAUGUAAAAAUGUAGGUAUAAAUAUUUUUUCAUAGAAAUAAAAGCAUAUURCAUCAUAAAA